UAAACGCUAAGAAACUUUAUAAAUCAUACCUCCUCCUCCGUAUAUUGUGUUAAGCCGUUCACUGUGUUGCUCAUACCUACCUACUUACUUUAAAAUGAAAAAUAUGCCAAAACAAUAUUUGAUUAUAAUUUUUGCUGCGGUAUAUUUCCGGGAAACAACAUCAACAAAACUAUCUUUGCCUAGAAUACCACAUGAAAAAUGUUCCCUAAAGGACUCGGAAUGUUUAAAGGCGCAAGUCCAAAAGUCUGUGAUCGCUUUUUCUGAAGGAAUCCCCGAACUUGGCAUCGAAAAUCUCAGUAAAAUGUCACUAGACUCGGUAGUUAUAAACAGGGAUGGCUUGAUUUAUGAAAUAAGAAACGUUACCGUGGACGGAUUGAAGGAUGCGAUAGUUGAAAAUUUUUGGAUUGAUACGUAUGUGAAAUAUAUUCAUAUAACAUUCCGCACCACUUAUGUUUUGGAUUGUCACUAUAAGGCAGAUGGAUAUUUGUUUUCAUUCCCAGUCCAUGGAGAUGGCAAGGCCCAUAUAGUUAAAAAAAAUGUGAUAACGGAAUUGGUAUUAUUAUUCGAUAUCAAGAAAAACGAGGAUAAUAAGGACUUUAUCAAUUUAAAAGCUUUCCGAUAUGGAUUUGACCAACAGCAUGGUACUAUUUAUAGAUUUGAGAAUCUGUUUAACGGAGAUAAAGUAAAAAGUGACAUCGCUCAUGACCUGGUCAACAGAAAUUGGAGAACAACAUCGAGCAGUUUUGGAAGAUUUCUUUUCGAUAAAGUCAAUGAAAAAAUCUUCAAUGCAAUCAAAAUUUAUUUAAAGUCGUUCCCUAUGGAGGACAUUGCAAUAUCGUUGAUAAUACAGUACAAGUGCUUGUUAUGGGAUUCGCCAUGCCUGACUGCGAGCGCUCAAGCUGCUGUGCCGAAACUCACCGCCGGUGUUCCUGAGCUCGGCAUCGAACGACUUGACACCAUGUUUAUUGACAGCCUGCAUAUAGACCAGGGUGGAUACAAAGCUGAUUGGAAUAAUAUUUAUGUACAGGGUCUAAAGAAUACAAUCAUUGAUAACCUCAGCAUUGAUAUGACCUCCAAAGUUAUGCGCCUGUUGUUCCAUACAGACUUGUCGUUGAAAGCCCAAUAUGUAAAUAACGGAUUUUUGCUCUCCUUACCCGUCACGGGGAAAGGCGAAGUGACUAUGAAGCUACAGAACCUGGAAGUAGAAUUAUUUAUACCAUACGACAUCUUGAAAAGUGCAAAUGGUGUAGAAUUUAUAGAGGCAUCGAAUUACAAUUUCCGAUACAAUAUUAAAGAUAACGGACAAUUUCGUUUUGACAACCUUUAUAACGGAGACAUAGAGCGGAGUGAACUGAUGCACACCCUUCUCAAUCAACAUUGGAAAUUUGUAACGACGCUAUAUGGUAGAAGUGUCAUAUCGAAUCUCAUCGAUAACAUGGCAAAGGCAUAUAAGAAUUAUUUUCGUUUGAUACCUCUUAAGUCUUUGGUGGAAUACUAA